AGCGACGACCCUCUGCAGUGGCUCAGAGAUUCCGUACCAGGUGAACCAGGCGAUGAUUACCCUAUCUUCGGGUGGCCGAUCCCUCAGACCGCCUUCACCUGCGUUGGCAAGGUUGCGGGUUUCUACGCCGACGUGGAAACGCGCUGCCAGGUGUUCCACGUGUGCAACAUCGACGGCUCGGGCAUCAAGUUCCUUUGCCCCAACGGAACCAUCUUCAACCAGGAACACUUCACGUGCGAGUGGUGGAACCAGGUCUCCUGUGGCGACGCCGAGUCCUUCUUCAACCUCAACAACGAGAUCGGUGUCGUUCCUCCCGAGAGUCCGUAUCAGCCCGACGGGAUCGCCGUCCGUCAAUGUGCCCUUCAUCGCCCAGACGCCUCAGCCUCCUCGUCCCGUUCUAACACAGACGCCCCGACCACGCCCACCACCCACGUUCCGCCCACAGCCUCCUCCCCCUGCCCAGACACCCGGCCCACCGCCCACGUUCCGCCCACAGCCUGCUCGCCCGGUCCAGACACCCCGCCCGCAGCUCCCCCGUCCCUUCCAAACCCCACGCCCGCCCACGCCAUUCCAGCCCCAACCUCCUCCACAGCAGACUCCCCGCCCACGCCCACCUCAGCCCACUACUUACCGCCCGCCCGCCAACCCCGUCACAGGAUACCCCGACGUGCCAGACCCCCCCAACGGCCUCUACCUAACCCCCAACUUCGGAAAGAGACUCAACUAAAAGGACUUUCUCGCUCUCUACAUGCUAGGCCGCGGUCGGACCCAGCUAGGACUCGCCCCCACCACCCCCGCCCCUAUCCUCACCUAUCCACCCCCCACCCCCGCCUCCUUGGAAGAGACUCACCUGGAGGGACUCUCACCUAGGACUUCUUCAUCCUUUAACCCCUUUGGAUCGGAACAGCCAAUCAGGACACUAAAGCAGGUUUCUUUGUGUUCCUGUCUAUUCACACCCUCUUUUAUUUCUUCAAUUUUUAUCCCUUGUAUUUUCUCUUUCCCCUCUUCUUUGAACAGAAAAAAGGGGAAAGGGUUCAUAUUUCUUUUGUAUAUGGAGAAAAAAAAACAGAUCCUUUGCAUAUGAACAACGUAUGUGUUGAUUAGAGAAGUGUAUAUUGGGGUGUCUGUCUAUGUAUGCUAUUUGAAUCUACCUUUUCUUUGCUAAAAUAUACAAUUUAAAUAUCAGA